AUGUCAGUCGAAGCAAAAACGUUCACGAACAAAUCUAAUGGCGAAGCAUUCACAAAAGGCACUUACAACGGUAUUGAAGUCUUACGUAGAGACAAGGAUGGUUAUAUAAAUGCAACAAAGAUGUGUCAGCAGUUUGGGAAAGACUUUAGAAGGUUGUUGGAAAAUAAGUCCUGGGAAGAGUAUUUUAAGGCAUUUUGUGAAGAAUAUACCAACCCGCGGAAUUCCGCGGGGUGCUUUUUAUACAAUGUUAAUGCAGGAAUUCCGGAUGAAAUCAAACAGGUUAGAGGAAUGUAUGUAGACCCAAGACUCGUAAACUAUAUUGCAAUGUGGGCUUCUCCAAAAUAUUGUAUAGCAGUUGGAAAAAUUAUGGACUCCAUAGACAAGAAAGUUCAUGAGAAGUUAGAUGAAGAAGAACUUGAAGAUACAGUAG